UGAUUUAAUUAAAUUCUAUUAAUUUUACAAAUCCAAAUGCAGUGUGCUCGCCCAUAAUUUCAACUUCUAUACCAAUACUUAUUACCAGAGGGUCGGUGUCCCUCUUUUUGGGUUAGUUGCACCUAUUCCACCAUCUCGCCCAGAAUGAGCCACCGCUGUGAAAUUUGUAUUUCCCAAUUGCAAUCACCCAUUUUGUGUGCACUUCUUUUGACGGCAUUAUGGACAUUUGGCAACAUUUAGAGACAAAAAGAAUAAGAGCUGAAACAUAUAAGUUUAAUGACACUAGGAAUGUACAAUUGGAAAAUAGAGAUAUGAUCGAUAUUUUUCGUGAACUAGAGUUUUUUUUUUACAAAAACAACUAAAACAAUAUUGGGAAAUCAGGUCCCUACAACAAUAUUUGGAAAAUAACAAAAUACCGAAGGGUCUUCUAUUACAGAAAAUCCCAGCACAAGAUUUACUCAGUGACAAAUUUGAAGAAGAGUGGAAUGCAGUAUUAUUUGCGCACUCAGUCAUUGAUCAAAUUGAUUAUUAAAAGACAAACUGAAAUGCUGGAUGAUCUUAAUAGUAAGAUAUUAAAAUUAAAAGAGCAAAUAGACAAAUUCCCUGAAAUUGAAGAAUUAGAAAAUUGGCAGGAGAGAUUGUGUAAGGGAUAAGAUAGAAUUGAGAAUGAUAUAAUAAACAAAAAAGGGAGGAAACAUAUAAGCCCCCCCAAAAAACUAUCAGAUAGAAGAUACCCAUGAGAACAUAAACAGAUUUGAAGACAACUCCCCCAAAAAUAGGGAAAUAAGAGAAGAAGACGUACAAAGUAAAUGCACAGUUACAGUAAACAAUAGAUAUGACCAAUUGUCCAAUCAACAUUUUUUAGAUCACACCCCAGCACAUCACAUGACCAGGACGAGACACAAAGAGCACACACCCCCCACUCGCAACCGGGAAUCACCAAUACACCAGUACAACCUGAGGCACAAGCACCACCACUUACCACAAACGUUAGAAAAUCACCAUUAUCACAAUGCUCAAGGAAUAGAACACGCCACGUAUCCCACAAGGAAUCGCAGGGAUCCCCGAAAACAUUAUCAUCAAGAUCACACAGAGGGUCCAAAAAGACAAGAAGAAGUCACAGGAAGAGACAGACAGCACAGGAGGCACCAAUAAAAUACACAACAAUAAUACAUUUAAGUUCAGUUAAUCUCACUAAUUCACAAACCUUAUUACUAGAAAAAGGCCUAAAAUUUACACCCACCGAAAAAUUGGACAAGUUUUCUGUGUAUAUAGGGAUCCAAAAAUUCAUAAGAAAUUUAUGUUUAAAAAAACAUUUCCUAAAAAACCCACUAGUGAGGACUGAUGCUAUAGACCAAGUAGGGAAGUCUAUAUUGAAAAAUAGAUCAACAUUAUUUCCUAGGAACUAAAUUAGUGCGGAAAUGUCCACUUUUCAAAAAAAUGUCGAAGUGGAUAUACGCAAAAUAAAAACAACAUUUUUGGGUCGAGACAAUUUGACAAGACAGGAAUGCCACACUAUAAGACAAUUGCAAAAAAAUGAAGCUAUCACCAUACACCCCGCAGAUAAAGGGGGCACGGUGGUAGUUCUAAAUACAGCAGACUAAAAUGAAGAGUGUCUUCGACAACUCAUGGAUGCAAAAACAUACAUGAAGCUAAAAAAUGACCCACUGGAAUGUUUUGAUCAAGAAUUGAAACUGUUAAGCAGAAAAGGCUUGGAUAUGUCGAUCAUUUCCAAGCAGGAACACAACGUCAUUUUGGGGACACAGAGGAGACUACCUGUCUUCUACUGUCUCCCCAAAAUUCAUAAAUGCUUGGUGAAACCGCCCGGUAGACCAAUAGUUUCGGGCAUAGGAUCUAUAUCUUCAAAUCUGUCCAAAUAUAUAGAUGUACAAAUACAACCUGUGGUGAAAAAAACUAGCUCCUAUAUUAAAGAUACAACCCAUAUUAUACAAAUAUUGGAGGCGUUAGAAGUUGAACCGGGGUCGAUUAUGGGUACACUUGAUGUACAGUCAUUGUACACGGUAAUCGACCACCAACAGGGUAUGUCAGCAGUAAGGGAACAAUUGAAGAGAGAUGGAAUAACGGAUGAUGCAUAUAUUAAUUUCAUUAUAGAGGGUAUAAACUAUAUUCUAACCCACAAUUAUUUUUAUGUUGAAGGGAACUAUUACCUACAGAAAUGUGGGACCGCCAUUGGGACCAGAUUCGCCCCCAGUUAUUUUUAGUUGAAUGGGAAGAGACAAACAUCAGACCCAGACUGGGGGUGGAUCUGGCCCUAUGGCGAAGAUUUAUAGAUGAUAUCAUUUUUAUUUGGAAACACAGUAAGGAAGAUUUAGAACUAUUCUUGCGAAAUAUCAACCAGAUUCAAUUAACUCUAAGGUUUACUUCGAAUAUUACAGAAGAAACAGAAUUCCUAGAUUUAAAGAUAAAAGAGUUAGGUAAUAGAUAUAUAUGUAAAACAUUCUUUAAGUCCAUGUCGAAAAACAGCUUCAUACAAUCCUCUAGCUGUCAUCUGCCAAAUUGGCUGAUUAAUGUCCCAUUCGGCCUGUUUCGCAGAAUCAGAAGAAAAUGUACACAAGACCAAGAUUUUGAGACAGAAGCCAUAAAAAUGAAGAAUCAGUUUUUAGAUAAAAAAUAUCCAGAAAAAGUUGUGGAUGCAGCAUUGGAGAGAACCAGAAAAUUAGAUAGACAAACAUGGUUCACCAAUAAGGAACCAGUGACUGAAGAAAAGCAAGAUACAGAGGCAAUAAACUUAAUAAUAGUCAUAAGAGGGUACAAAAAAAUUAUAAAAACCCACUGGCAGCAUAUCUUGAGUGAUAAGAUGAUAGGCCAUCUCUUACCAGUUAUACCAUCUUUAACAUUUACUAAUCUAGGUUUAAAAAUAGCCCCAUCCAUUAAAACACCAAAACCAAUAAUGGGUGAGAAUACAAUUUUGGGCACCUGGAUGAAGCUCAAAGGCUUCUUCAAGUGUGAUAAAUGUAUGGCAUGUAAGAUUAAUCCUAUACCUAGGAAAACAACAACAAUAUCUUCUACACAAAACACUCAUACAUGGGAGAUUAAGGAAUGCCUAACUUGCAAUACCAGCAGAGUUAUCUACCUGAUCCAGUGUCCAUGUAAGAGACAAUACAUAGGUAGAACCAAACGACCUAUGAAAACUAGGCUGGCAGAACAUAUAGCCAACAUAAGAAAGGGGUAUGACAAACAUUGUCUAGCCAAACAUUUUAGAGAUGUACACAACAAAGAUCCAUCCAACUUGAUCAAGAUGCACCAAAAUCUCCAUAUACAUAUUAUUAUAAUUAACCUUGCUUUUAGUGGCAAUGACAAAUUGUUUCAACUCAAAUUUUAAAACAAUAUAUGUGAUCGAAGGGGUAUAUUAUAUGACCCAAAGUGGGAACAUUAUAAUUACAUUUGAGAAAAUGAUGAUAUUUAUGCUCAUAUCUUAUAGUAUUCAUUUAUAACUCUAAAUUUUAACAUUUUAUUAUUUUUAUGUUAUAAUAACUGUAAGAAAUGUAUUGAAUACACUUCUAAGAAAUAAUCCACAAUAAUUACUCCCAUAUGAAAUUGCAGGCACUACAUACAUACUAUAUGUAUAUGUAUACAUACAUACUAUAUGUAUGGGUAUAUGUCCAACUUUAAAAUUGAAUAAUUCAGUUAUGCAAUUUGGAAUAGGAAUUCUGUUCAUACAAGAUGUUGAGAAGGAUGAAAGGAACAUAUAGUGCAAAAAACGCAUAUGUGCAAAAAAGACGCACAGAAAAAGCAUAUACAAAAAACGCAGGAUAAGCCUUGUCUAAGAAGGAAAUCCAGUGAUCCACAUUUUGGUGCUAUCUACGAUAUAAAAGGUGGAGGCAAACAGGUGAUGCGGUACCACUGAUGAAGGGAAAGAGAGUUCCCGAAACGCGUCUGGGCUGGAUCGCACACCUGUAAAGAAGCACCUCCGCAUAUACAAGCAUGGCCAUGCUAUAAAGUUGGAAUGAAGGACUGUUGAAACAAUCUGAACUAAGAUCAACAAAUCGAAAAUAUCUCUGCCUUCCUAUUGUAUCGAACGGUGAUAUCGUGUAGUAAGCAAAGCUGAAAUCCCGCUCGAAUUACCGUGAGAUCUCGGGUAAGUUGGCUGGAGGAGGACGCAAUAGUCAUUAGACUGUACCAGCGCUUAACAGUUGUGAUAUGACAGUAUUACUGGAGAUUCUUUAUGCAGCAGGAUUCGUAUUAUACAAUAUACCGACCCAUUUGCUUGUUCGUAUUUCAACUGGAACGGAACAGAGGUAGAGCACUUGAUCAUAGUGCAGUGAGCUAAAUAACGUAAUGUGCAUUAUACAAAUAAGGAACUACUCCCACUAACAUUCUCAAUCCCUGUGGACUUUUCACAUUUUAUGAAGUGUAUUUCUAUUUUAUUGUAUAUUAUUGUAUAUUGUUUUAUCAUAUUGCACACAUGUUCAUUUAUAAAUAUUGUGAUUUAAUUAAAUUCUAUUAAUUUUACAAGUCCAAA